GGUCUCCACAGUAAAGUCUAGCACAGGAAACUCCGAGAAAGAAAGCUGUGGGGCAUGGUUCUGGGCUUCUGGCCACCUACUCACCUGCUCGUGGCCUUUCUACAUUUAUUAUUAUUUUUACAUUCACGUAUUUAUUUUUCUUUCACACUCUUUGCUUGCUAAAACGGCAAAUGAAGGGAAGAACAGAGAGACUUGUGGAUUGGCCAACUACAAGUCUACAACUACUACUACUAUUACCACCAACGAGCUCCCUACUUUUUCGCCAAAUUCUGACUAUCCAUCACUCUCUUUCUCCUACACUCUUAUCCCCGCUGAUGCACACUACACGCUUGCUGAAAUGCUUCUUUCAAGUUUCGUAUAUAUGCUGAGGGGCUGAGCCUUGGAGUUCAUGGCUUCUGCACCGACACUUGAACAAGGAAGGUAUCUCUCCGGACUACUUUAGACCAAAGCAAGGAAUAGUGAGAAUACCGGUUCUAGGGUUUUAGGAUAUCUUGACAGCUCAAUAUAUUGUUAUUAUAGAACUUCUGACAUAGGAUAUGAGCUCACAAAUCACAAUGUUGUUCAUGACCUGACAACUCUGUUAUAUCCGAGGGUCACAUGCUCUUGCUGUCUAGUAAACUUCUGUAACGUUUCCUUUUUAGUUAUGUCGGUCUAUCUGAAGAAUAAAUUUGUGCAAUCAAUGUUAAUUUAUUGCUUUUGCAUCUGAAGGAAGUUUGCUGACAGUUUGUUCCUUGUCCAUUAUUCCAACAAAGUUUGAAGGGAAGGUGGUAGUGGGGGGUUGAUAUUUAUUUUGCAGAAGUUAUAUUUUUGAGGGGAAAAUUAUUGGAAAAAGGAUGAGUGAUAGUAGUAGGAAGUUUAUUCUUAAAUAUACAUUUUCUUGCUUGCUACCUUUAUUCACAGAGAAACAUGAAGAAAUUGGGAGGAGGGGCUAUACACGGGUAGUUCAUAUUAAUGAUCCUAAUAGCCCAGUGAACGGGCAGUACAGGGAGAAUGAUGUUCGGACUACCAAGUAUACAGCUGUUAAUUUUAUCCCCAAGUCCUUAUUUGAACAAUUCAGGAGGGUUGCAAAUGUAUACUUUCUUAUUGUGGCUUGUGUUUCGUUUAGUCCUCUGGCACCUUAUACAGCUAGUAGUGUUCUGUUUCCUUUGAUGGUGGUCAUUGGUGCAACAAUGGCUAAGGAAGGUGUGGAAGAUUGGAGGCGCAGAAGGCAGGAUAUUGAAGCUAACAAUAGGAAGGUCUUAGUUUACACAAAUAACGGCAAAUUUGAAGAAACUAUAUGGAAGAGGCUACAUGUUGGUGAUCUUGUUAAGGUUAAGAAAGAUGAAUAUUUUCCAGCUGAUCUUCUUUUGCUUUCAUCAAGCUAUGAGGAUGGGAUUUGUUAUGUUGAAACGGCAAAUCUUGAUGGAGAGACUAAUCUGAAGGUGAAACAUGCUCUGGAUGGGAUAGCCUUCAAGGAGGGUGAUAGUUUCCUUAAGAAUUUUAAGGCAGAGAUCAGGUGUGAGGACCCAAAUGAAGACCUUUAUUCAUUUGUUGGCACUCUACAUUAUAACAAUCAGCAACGACUGCCACUUUCAGUCAAUCAGAUGCUUCUGAGAGGUUCUAAACUACGGAAUACUGAAUAUAUCUAUGGAGCUGUUGUUUUUACUGGUCAUGACACAAAAGUCAUGCAGAAUGCUAGGGAUCCUCCUUCUAAGAGGAGCGCAAUUGAGAAAAGAAUGGACAAAAUAAUCUACGUCCUGUUUGGUACCUUGAUUAUGAUAUCUUCCAUUGGGUCCAUCUUCUUUGGACUGGAGACUAAGAAUGACUUAAGCAAUGGGAGGUACAAGAGGUGGUAUCUACGACCUGACGAGGCAACUGUGUUUUAUGAUCCGAAAAGAGCUUCAGUUGCUGCAUUUUUUCACUUCCUAACAGCCCUUAUGUUGUAUGGCUAUUUAAUUCCAAUUUCAUUAUAUGUGUCUAUUGAAGUUGUAAAGGUUUUACAGAGCAUCUUCAUCAAUCAAGAUCAGGAUAUGUACUACAAGGAAACAAAUAAGCCUGCACGUGCGCGAACAUCUAAUUUGAAUGAGGAACUUGGACAGGUUGAAACAAUACUCUCUGACAAAACUGGCACUUUAACAUGCAACUCGAUGGAGUUUGUUAAAUGUUCAAUAGCAGGUGUUGCGUAUGGCCGUGCUGUGACAGAGGUGGAGAGAGCCAUAGAAAAGAGAAAAGGAAAUGGCCAACCUGAACAUUCUAGUACUUCUAACUUGGACUCUGGAGAAUCUAUUAAAGGCUUCAAUUUUCAAGAUGAACGCAUAAUGAAUGGUCAAUGGGUUAAAGAACCUCAUUCAGAAGUGAUAGAUAAAUUCUUUCAUGUGUUGGCUAUUUGCCAUACUGUCAUCCCUGAUGUGAACACACCAGGUCAUAUAUCUUAUGAAGCUGAGUCACCAGAUGAAGCUGCUUUUGUCGUUGCAGCUAGAGAGUUCGGGCUUGAGUUUGUUGGAAGGACACAAACUAGUAUCUUAUUGCAUGAAAGGCAUCGGGAAGGUGCUGAAAAAACUGAAAGAUUGUACAAGCUCCUUCACCUCCUAGAGUUCAAUGCUGCUAGGAAGAGGAUGUCUGUGAUUGUACGAAAUCCUGAAGAUAAAUUGUUACUCUUGUGCAAGGGUGCAGACAGUGUGUUGUUUCCAAGGCUUUCUGAAGAUGGACGAAAAUUUGAAGAUAAAACAAAGGAACAUAUUAAACAAUACGCUGAAGCAGGACUACGAACUUUAGUUAUUGCAUACCGUGAGCUUGGUGAAGAAGAGUUCAAAUCAUGGGAAAAACAGUUAUUGAAGGCUCAGGACUCUGAAACUGAUAGAGAUGCUUUAGUGGAUGCUGCUGCUGAUAAAAUUGAAAGGGACUUAAUUCUCCUUGGAGCCACAGCUAUUGAGGAUAAACUUCAAAAAGGGGUCCCUGAAUGCAUUGACAAGCUUGCGGAUGCUGGGAUUAAGAUAUGGGUCUUAACUGGUGAUAAGAUGGAGACAGCAAUCAAUAUUGGGUAUGCUUGUAGUUUACUGAGGCCACGUAUGGAGCUGAUUAAAAUUACUCUGGAUUCUCUACAUGCAAGUAGCAUGGAAACUCAAGACCAAAAGGAUAAAGAGGCUUCAACAAGCGUAAGAGCACAAGUAACUAAGGGAAUAGAUCAAAUUAAAUCAGGAAGUUCAGGAUCGUUUGGUUUGAUUAUCGAUGGGAAUGCGCUCUCUUUUGCUCUCAGAGACGAUCUGAAGAAGUCAUUUUUGGAUCUUGCAUUGCAAUGUGCAUCUGUUAUAUGUUGCCGCUCUACACCUAAACAAAAAGCUCUUGUAACAGCAUUGGUGAAAGGAACUGGUAGGAGGACACUAGCAAUUGGUGAUGGGGCAAAUGAUGUAAGCAUGCUUCAAGAGGCUGAUGUUGGGGUUGGCAUUAGUGGCGUUGAGGGGAUGCAGGCUGUUGGGGCAAGUGACUAUGCAAUAGCUCAGUUCUGUUAUCUUGAACGGUUGUUGUUGGUUCAUGGCCACUGGUGUUAUCGCAGAAUAUCUAUGAUGAUAUGCUACUUCUUUUAUAAGAAUCUCGCAUUUGGGUUCACCCUUUUCUGGUUCGAGGCUUUUGCUUCCUUCUCGGGAAGGGCUGCUUAUAAUGAUUGGUAUAUGUCAUUAUACAAUGUAUUCUUCACUUCACUUCCCGUCAUUGCUCUUGGUGUUUUUGAUCAAGACCUCUCCGAUCAGCUUUGCCUUAAGCAUCCUGAGGUCUAUAUAGAGGGAAGCCGGAAUAUGCUGUUCAAGUGGUAUCGUAUCCUAGGGUGGAUGCUAAACGGAAUUGUCAGUGCAAUGAUCAUCUUCUACUUCACGACCCUCUCGGUUUUACAUCAGGCAUUUAGGCGCGAUGGCCACCCUGUGGACUACGAAGUCCUUGGAGUAAUAAUGUAUUCGUGUGUAGUAUGGACCGUGAACUGCCAAAUGGCGCUUUCCAUCAACUAUUUCACUCUGAUCCAACACGUCUUCAUAUGGGGAAGCAUCGCGGUCUGGUAUCUGUUUUUGGUCGUUUAUGGUGCUCUGCCAUCCAUCAUAUCUACAACAGCAUACAAGGUUUUUGUGGAAGCCUGUGCCCCAAGUCCUUUCUAUUGGCUUGUAACUCUUCUUGUUGUGGUUUCCAGUUUGUUACCGUAUCUUACGUACAGGAUUUUUCAGUCCACAUUCCGACCAUUGCCGCAUGUUAGAGUUCAAAUGAUGGAACGUACGAGGAGGAAGUCCAAGCCGGACGCUGAUGAUAAUAUGUAGUGUUGUUGGGAGAUGUAUAUGUAGAGGUAUUGAUCACGUAAAUGAGUUUCUUUUCUUUUUAACGCUAUAAGCUUGCAAAGAUCAUGUAUAGUGGUGACCAAUAAUAUGUACAUUCAUAAUUUAGACUCUAUUCACGACAUCAAUAUUUUUUUCACU